AUGUGGCAGUGUGUGUGUGUGUGUGUGGCGGCGCUGCUCUACGCGCUGUGCCGCUGGCUCAUCCCCACUGCUGUGUGUCGCCAUGGACGCCUGGCUCUGCUGUGGCACGAUGUGUGUGUGGAGAAGACACUGGACUGGCUCACACGCUCCUCUCGGCCUGAGCGUGUGCUGCGGUCGGUCCAGAAGGGGACGCUAUGGGACGAUGCCCAGAGUGUUCUCUCCACGAUCGACCGCUUCAGCCACCACCAUGAGUGGGCCAUGCGCAUAGGAGACGAGAAGGGUGCCAUCCUGGACUCUGUGGUGAGUGAGGUGAAUCCGGCGUUGGCUCUGGAGCUGAGCUACUGUGGCUACUCAGCGGUGCGUCUGGUGCCCCCUGGUGGACGCCUCAUCACACUGCAGUUCAACCACUACACUGCAGUCGCAUGGCAGGUCAUCGAGUGGGCAGGUCUCCAGAACACAGAGUGUGCUCUGCUGAGGAAGGGCACUGUGGUUCUGGCUGACAACGUCAUCUGUCCCGGCGCUCCUGAGUACCUGGAGUAUGUGCGCACUAGCCCCGCCUACCUCAGCAGCUUCAUCCCCGCCCACCUGGAGUACACACAGGCUGAAGAUGCCCUGGAGAAGAGUAUGUAUCAGUAACAAUACACACCUGAUGCACACACACACACACCUGA